CAGCCAUCACAAACACGUUGCUUCUCGCUGAACAAAAUAUCAUAGCUACGCAAGAAGAAGAAAGAAAGCAGAGAGCUAACCUUAACCAUGGUGGCUGCAGCUGCUACAUCUCUUUUUUCAAGCUCUCACUCUCUUUCUCGUCUCUCUCCUUAUCAACUAUGUGGGUUUGACGCCAAAACGCUAGUCUCAUGUACCAGCAGCUGCAACAACGUCAACGUCAAGAGAAGACCUGCCGGUGCCCGUUUCAAGUGCAUGGCUGUUGGCACGACGUCGGAGGCUGAAACCAAGAAGAAAAGUGUGUUUGAGAUUGAAACACUCACAAACUGGUUGUUGAAGCAGGAACAAGCUGGUGUUCUUGACGCAGAGCUCACUAUUGUGCUUUCAAGCAUUUCAACGGCUUGUAAGCAGAUAGCUUCUUUGGUUCAGAGAGCUAGCAUUUCUAACUUGACUGGCAUUCAAGGUGCUGUCAAUGUUCAGGGGGAAGACCAGAAGAAGCUUGAUGUUGUUUCAAAUGAGGUGUUCUCUAAUUGCUUGAGAUCGAGUGGGCGAACGGGGAUUAUAGCAUCCGAGGAGGAGGAUGUACCAGUGGCAGUGGAAGAGAGCUUCUCUGGAAACUAUAUUGUGGUGUUUGACCCACUUGAUGGAUCUUCCAACAUUGAUGCUGCUGUAUCAACCGGAUCCAUCUUUGGCAUAUACAGUCCUAAUGACGAGUGUCUUGUUGAUAUUGGUGAUGAUGCCACCCUAGGCUCAGCAGAACAAAGAUGUGUUGUCAAUGUGUGCCAGCCAGGAAGCAACCUACUUGCUGCUGGCUACUGCAUGUAUUCAAGCUCUGUAAUCUUUGUGAUAACUCUAGGAAGAGGUGUAUUUGCAUUCACCUUGGACCCCAUGUAUGGAGAGUUUGUUUUAACUCAAGAGAACAUUCAGAUACCAAAAGCAGGAAAGAUUUAUGCAUUUAAUGAAGGGAAUUACCAGCUUUGGGAUGAUAAGUUGAAGAAGUACAUUGAUGAUCUGAAAGACCCAGGUCCCAGUGGUAAGCCUUAUUCUGCCAGGUAUAUUGGCAGCCUGGUUGGUGACUUCCAUCGAACCCUUCUCUAUGGUGGCAUUUAUGGUUACCCAAGAGACAAGAAGAGCAAGAAUGGGAAGCUAAGGCUCUUGUAUGAGUGUGCACCGAUGAGCUUCAUAGCGGAACAAGCUGGAGGGAAAGGAUCAGACGGCCAUCAGAGAGUACUUGACAUCCAACCAACUGAGAUACAUCAGCGUCUUCCUCUGUACAUUGGAAGUCAGGAAGAAGUGGAGAAAUUGGAGAAGUAUUUAGCUUAACUGAAUUGUAAAAGAAAGAGUAAUUUUAUUUCAUGAAGAUACUUCUUUCAUGGAAAUUUCUUAAGAUAUCCGCUGAGUUGAAAUUAAAAGGAAGCACUUACUUAACCUGUAUGAUUACUUUGUUUCCGACAAGACAUUGCUAGGUCUGCAUGGAGCUUCAGCUGUAACAAUCAAUCUAGAAAUUGCAGCAAAAUUUGUUUCCGAGUA